GGCCACUAAGCCAGAUCUUGGCCUAAGAAAUGCGAGCGUCUGACAAAAGCUCUCCUAUUCACCAAGAGCACACUUGGAUCCAGCUGACGCACGCCUUCCGUUACAUCCUCUCACCUUUUGCCUUCCUCCUUCCUCCUUGUUCACCUCCCCUCACCACACUUAUAUCUACCGAUUCUUGAGUAACAUCUCGCAUGUCGACACGGCUUGACACGGACAGAAACAUGGCAGAUACAGACACAACAAGAUCUAAGCCUUUCCGGGCGAUUAUCGUGGGCGCAGGCAUCGUAGGCUUGACUCUCUCACAUGCUCUUCAGCUCGCGAAGAUCGACCAUGUCGUUCUGGAGGAACAUGACAAACUUAAGUCUGUCAAAGGGGCAGCACUCAUCCUCUGGCUGAACGCGGAGCGCAUCUUCGAUCAGUUCGGCUUCAUGCAGAAUAUCCUGAAGACUACCACACCGGUGAUCACAGAACAUCGUCGCUGGUCAGAUGGGACCAUCAAUGGUAGUCGCAGUACCAUGCACCGAUUCCAACAGCUCUUCGGCGUUGCGCCUGUUCUCUUCGAUCGACAGUCUUGCGUAGCUCACUUGUACGAUAAUUUCCCUUACAAGUCUACCGUCAGGUUGAACAAGCGUAGAGACUAUCGAGCACACCAGCACCGGUGUUCGCGUUCUGCUUACCGACGGCACUGUGGAAGAUGGCGAUAGAGUCAUCGGUGCAGACGGCGUGCACAGCAUCGUCAGAUCUCAGAUGUGGGACCAUGCCAGCAAAUUCGAACCAUACACAGUACAGUACCGGACUCGGACAAAUCGGUGCUCUUCAGCGAACACAAUGACAUGUCUGGAGACAGUAAGAUGAAGGGUAACCACGAGGAUUGCGGCAUGGCAGCCGCCGAGC